AUGGGCGACCGAGUGGAAACGGACCGUCAACGAGAGAUUGUGGAGGGAUUGGUGAAGAUUGCAGACUUGACUGCGCUUCAGAAGAUUCUUCCGCCAAACUUCGAGUGGUUCCGACCGGACGAUGUGCAAGUACCACCCCUAUUUGUUGCAUUUGAGGAAGGUGCGAAAGGAAGAAACAAUCACGAUGUCAGGACAAAGCUCCUCAAGAUUAUCGAGUGGAUGAUAUAUUGUGGAGCAGAUCCCCAUCACCGAGUGUCGGCGGAGGGCAGCACCGCACUGUACAGAACAAUUAGGGGGCGAGAAGAAAAGGAUAGCACCGAUAAAGUGUACAUAGCACGGAAGGGGCACAAUCUCCUUUCCUAUGCAUUGUUACUUCGUAGACACUCUCUCAAGUACGAAGGCAAAGAAGAGCUGCUUGCCUACAUCGCAGAAGUCGUGUCCAUCAUUUCCCGUGCGAACGUGCAGCGGACGAAAGUUCAAGUUGACCAGAGUGUCAUCGAUCGCUGGGAAGCGAUCAGGGGAAUGACCGACACCCACAACGUCACUUUCGACACUGCCGAUGGCCCCGUGACAGCACACGAUAUUGCGCUCAGGGCGAGCUCUCCCGUGCUUUCGGCGAUGUUGAUGUCCUGCAUGGCGGAAGGUGCUAGUAAGCAUGUUCAGGUCAAAGACUCUUCCGCUGCCGGUGUGUCGCUCUUCUUGGACCUUGUGUACACAAGCUCGACAUGCAGUGAGGUGGACCAUAAGUCUGCAAUUGAAGCCUUGGACCUCGCCCAUCGCUGGCAGGUGGAGAGUGUGGUGCGAGUGCUGGAGGAGAUCCUACAAGGAAUGAUCACCGAUUCAAGCUUUGUCGACAUUGCGUCGGCGGCCACUUUCAAGGGGUUGACCGGCCUCGAGAAGUUUUGCGCCGCCUUUGCCCAGAACAGCAAUGCAUUGCGACAGAUGUCAGAGAAAGGGGAACUGCCUCCUUGUCUCGAGAAAUUUCUAGGCCAUGCGGCAACGGCAUCUGAUACAUCGGCACCGAAGAAGAAGCGGCGGACCUUUUGA